AUGGAUUUGGACAUGUUCGGAAGGAGUGUACGAAAUUUACUGAAGCAAAAGAAGAGGGACGACAAAAAUGAGUCUGAUACUGAUUCAGAUGAUGGUGAGAAGCUAAAGAACUUUGUGGCGUUCACAACUUUUGUGUCUGGUUCUAAGACAAAAUCUGCUACGGGAUCUACGGUAGGAUCUGCUUCAGCGUCUGUGUCAGGGUCUUCAUGUGGAGGUGAUGAUGAUGUUGGAAGUGAUGAUGAUGAUGGUGGAAGCUUCGAUCUUGCUGGUAAUUAUGAAAAGCUGUAUGAGCAUUGGCUCAAGCUAGUUGAGGCGAACUCAUAUUUGGAUAAGGAGAAAGCCAAACUAGAAGCUCAAGUUGCUGAAGCACUUAAGUAUGCCUCCGAGAAAGAAGAAGAAGCAGGACAGGCUGGUGCUCAACUUGCAGAGACUCAGAAGGGUUUGAGGAUGCUGAAUAAUGGGACGGAUCAGCUAGAUAAUCUUCUCAGUAUUGGACAAAGUCAUAGAUGCGGCCUUGGAUAUCAAGGAGAAUGUUCUAAAGCUGAAGGUGUUUUUGUAUUAUCAGGAAAAACUAAGGAUGUAGUUACGUCUGCUACAAAGCCAGAAGUUAAGAUGUCUGCAAGGAAUGCUGCAAAUGGAAAGACUGCAGUGAAGCCUGCAACUGAUGUGAAGAAUGUGACUUCUACGCGUACUGCUACGAGUACUGCUACGGCAACUGGUACGGCGACUGCUCCAGAGAAAGUUUAUGGAUUGAAGAGUGGAUCUCAACAAAAAUUUCGGCCUGUUUGUCAUCACUGUGGUGUUGUUGGGCACAUUAGGCUAAGGUGUUUCAAGUUAUUGAGGGAGAAGAACGAGAUGGAGAAAGCUUAUGGUAUGAGGUAUCGUUGUCCUAUAUGUUAUUCUUGUGGAGUUCAAGGGCAUAUGCGAUGUGACUGUUUCAUGUCUGUUCAAGGAGGUAAUCAUGGAGGAUUUGGGCUCAGGAAUACGUGGUCUAAGAGAUUUGAUCACUAUGUAGAUGGUGGAAUGGGAUUUCCUCCUCACUUUGGAGGAUAUGGAUCUUCAUAUUAG